AGCAGUGUCCGUAAUCGAGGACACAACUGAAACCCUUUCAAGUGAGAAAGCUGCUCCUUCGGCUGAAAAUGACUGCGAUGGAAGGACUUUACAACGCCUGGUUUUAACAAUGAGUGACAUUGCUUUCGGAUUACAAACUAUGAAGGGCUUUUCCCUCGCUGAGCAGCUGUGACCAUCGCGUCCAGACACCGACACGCACCGUCCUCUGGCGCAUCUCUGCUUGUUGUCAUCCUGCAAGAAACAUGACAUCCAAAUUAUUGGCUUAUGUCUUACUUCUGUCAGCCCUUCAUACCUGCUCUCUAACAUUCGAGUACGAAGAGGACUACGAGGAUGUCACCGUGAACCAAAUGCUGGCUCCUAAAUCACAGCAAACCGACGCCACGGAAAUACUUAACAAUUUACUCAAAGAAUAUGACAAGAAACUGCGGCCGGAUAUCGGAGUGAAACCGACUGUCAUAGAUGUUGACAUAUUUGUGAACAGCAUUGGACCAGUGUCAUCAAUAAAUAUGGAAUACCAAAUUGACAUCAUGUUCGCUCAGACGUGGACAGACAGCCGUCUCAGAUACAACAGCACAAUGAAAAUACUUACUUUGAACAGCAAUAUGGUGGGUCUUAUCUGGCUACCAGACACCAUCUUCAGAAACUCCAAGACUGCUGAUUCCCACUGGAUUACAAUGCCUAACCAGCUGCUCAGAAUAUGGAAUGAUGGGAAGAUACUUUACACCCUAAGACUGACAAUAAAUGCAGAAUGCCAGCUACAGCUGCACAACUUUCCGAUGGACGAACACUCCUGCCCACUCAUCUUCUCCAGCUAUGGAUACCCUCAAGAUGAGAUGAUUUACAAGUGGAGGAAGAACUCUGUGGAGGCAGCUGACCAGAAGUCCUGGCGUCUCUACCAGUUUGACUUUAUGGGCCUGAGAAACACUACAGACAUAAUAAAGACUACAGCUGGGGACUAUGUGGUGAUGACUGUGUAUUUUGACCUGAGUAGAAGAAUGGGCUACUUCACCAUCCAGACUUACAUCCCUUGCAUCCUCACCGUGGUCCUGUCCUGGGUGUCCUUCUGGAUCAAAAAAGAAUCCACACCAGCCAGAACCGCUUUAGGUAUAACCACAGUUCUGACUAUGACCACUCUCAGUACUGUGGCCAGGACAUCACUACCCAGGGUGUCUUAUGUCACUGCCAUGGACCUUUUUGUCACUGUCUGCUUCCUGUUUGUCUUUGCUGCUCUGAUGGAGUAUGCAACAUUAAAUUACUACUCAUACAGUGCUCGAAGGCCCAGCUGCAUGGAACCUAAAAGAUCGAAAUACUCUGUCCUGGAUGUGAGACCUCCACACACUGUCAUUGCUUUAAACAACUCCAUGUACUGGCAGGACUUUGAGGAUGCCUGUGUCUAUGAGUGUCUGGACGGAAAAGACUGCAAAAGCUUCUUCUGCUGCUUUGAGGAGUGUAAAGAAGGUGCUUGGAGAAAAGGACGUGUCCACAUUGAUCUACUUGAUCUUGACUCAUACUCGCGCGUCUUUUUUCCCACCUCCUUCUUGCUGUUCAAUGUCGUCUACUGGGUGGGCUAUCUCUACCUUUAGCACACUGCAGGAGCCCGUUUGGUUUCAAAAGGAGGACAGCACAAUUUAACAGAAGAAAUUCAAGUUUAAUAAAAAAAAAAUAAUAAAAAAAUAAAAAAUUCUUUUUUGUGAUGCCUGAAGUAUUUAUCUGGAGAUGAAAGCAGCCAAGAUGACGGUGUCUGUCUGCAGGCCUGUGCCAAGCAGAGAUUUCUGUCUAUGUGACUUCAUGUACGAGAAUACAACAUUGAUAUGCUGUACACAGAAGGAGGACAGGAUGGACUGUGUCAUAAUGACAACACAAUGAUAAGGAAGGAAAUGUGCUUUGCACCCAAAGUAUUUUCAAUCAGGACGGUAGCUUGUGUUGUAGGGAAUGUGUCGGCAUGCUAUUAUUCAGCCAUCAGUCAAAUCCAGUUGAUGAAAAUCCAAGGACAUUCAAACCAUUCAUAGUGCCUUCCUCUGGAGGGGUAGAUACUAUCUGCUACGAUAAUCAGGGAAUAAUGAUUGAUAAAAAUAAAUAAAUAAAUAAAAGAGCCUGGCUUUGACUUCUGGCUGUUCUCAUUCUGAGCUUUGAGUCACAUUCAUAAAACAGCCAUUUGUUGUGACAACAACAUGAAGAAUCAUUAGGUUCUUAUCACUUUAUACUGACUUUCCACCAUUAGGCUUGGCUCAUUCCUCCUGCUUAAAACUCUAUUAAUACCCCUAUAAGGCGUAAUAAAUAAGUGGGUUUCCAGGGAAGAGAACAUCAGGAUACGGUUAAAGCAGAAACCAUCAUUACUGCUUUAUUGGCAUAUUUUUAUACAUUUUAGGAUGUUGAGUCCUUUAAUGGCUUUAAUGGUGCUUUAUAUCUCAUUUAUGUUUGUGUCCAUAGAUAUAGAGCUAUGGCAAGCAGCCAGGGGGCUUAGUUUAGCAUCAAAAAUACAAGGAGGAGCUAAGACCUAGCAUGGCUUUGUCUAAAUGUAAUAAUAUUAGCCUACCAGCACUUUAACCUUAGUGUGGAUUUAACAAACAAGAUAAAAUAUGUUCACUGAGUAUCAUUUUUGACCGUUGGACAGAGGCAGGCCAGCUCUUUCCCCAGGUUUACAGUCUUUAUGCUAAGCUAAGAAACCUAGCUGCUAGCUGUAGCUUAAUAUCUAGCAUGUAAUAUUAAUCUUCUCAUCUAAUCUGAGUAACCAAAAAAAAGUGAAUAGGCAUAUUCCCAAAAUGUUAAAAUAUUUUUUUAAGAGAAAUGUGAUCAGUGAGUAGUUUAUUGAUUGAUCUGAGUCACAUAUGGUACAUCAACAGUAAAGGUAUUAGGGGUUGUAAAGAAAAGAAAUCUUGGAUUAAAUAUACACUAAGUGUAGACAGUAGAUGUAACAAAGGAGUUAGUUAUGUUGACCAACCAUGUUGUCACAGACUGGUGCCCUUUGAGAUAAAACACCCAGGGAACAAAGGCUGCCAUCUGUGUAAUUCAAGUGUUAUUUUUCUUGAUGUCACACAUAUUCACACUAUGUACUGGUUUUGUACAGUAGCCAUUUCUUGCCAGAGCUCUUGACACACACUAGAUGAACAGGAACUAACAGUGACACCAGAGUUAUUUUCCUUUGGAUGCCCAUAUUAAGUAUAAUGGUUUCCAUUAGUACAUUACUGGAGGCACCAAAUAAUAAUCAAUAUAAUAAUCCCACUCAUUAGGACCCCCAUCUCUCCUUGGCCAUUGACUCUUGUUUGCAUGCAAUAGGCAAUUAAACAUUACCCUGAAUAAGUUGCAAUAUGUUAGGAGAUAAAAUGAUUGUUUUAAUAUGGACUGUUUGAAUAAUAAUUUAAUUUCCCUGUGUUUAGACUUGAAAUUAGCAACCAUUGAAUUGCCUUAGUGUAGCCCGCUGGGAACUGAGAUGAACACCAGAAAUACAUAUUUACCUCUGAUAAUAAACUCAGCGUGGUGAAGACCUCACUUCAACAAAGACUACUCUUUACCUUGGGCAGUCUACUUAAGUAUAACUUUUAUAUCCCUGUUUUGAGCUGUUUUCUUUUUAUUAUAUUUGCUAUGUGUGUGCCAAAUAUUUCACAUAUGUGCCCUUUCGUUUAUGUUUUCAGGCUUGUCCGAACAACCAUAAAUUGGUUGUAUUAAUAUAUUAUGAUACUGCAUAUAAAGUACAGUAUGGUGGGGGAAACCUUAAGAAGAACAUGAAACAUGGUAUAUAGGUAUACAGUAUAUAAAUACCGAUAUAUAGAUAUACAGUGUGUGUGUGUGUGUGU